UAUAUGGAUCAUCAAAGUAGUGAGGAUCAGAAGCUCCAAGCUAUUGACAAAUUCAUCAACAAUAAGUACCAUGCCAAGCUGUUUAUGAUAAGGACAUUGAAGUUUGUAGUCUCAGUGUCUUUGCUGUGCUUGUUUCUUUUUGUAACAUCAUCAGGUUUUUGUUUACUUCCCGAUUCUUCCAAUCAGGUCAAUGCCUAUUUCUCCACAUUGCUUUUGUCAAUCUUUACCCACACCCUUGACAGGAAGUACAUGUUUCUUAUUUGUAAUGGAAUCCUUGCUUUUCUUGCAAAAACUUCGAUUAAUUCUUGCGGUUGCAGUUAUAAUGAUGAAUCCGAUGAGCUUAUGUCCGACCUCGGUGGAAAGUCUUCAACAUCAUCAUCAGUUAAUUCUAACUUAUCUGAGAUUGGGUCGUCUCUCGGCCAGGAUGACAUCGCUUAUGUGGCUGACGAAGGAGAAGAAGAACCAACGUCGACUUCAGAAGAAGAAGAAGUUGGACAACUACAAGAUCUAGAAAAACAACAAAAUGGUUCGUUAUAUACAGAGAACCAUGAAGAAAUGCAGCCUGAAGCUUUCAUUGCAGCAGCAGAAGAAGUCGGUCUGUCUUUGAUGGAGCAAGGAGGAGAAGAAAUGGAAACACAAGAGCUAGCAACAAAUGUUGACGUUGGAGAUGAUCAGUACGGCUCGAAGAUGAGCAGUACAGAUGAAUUGAACAAGAAAUUCGAAGAGUUUAUAAGAAAAAUGAAGGAGGAAAUCAGGAUUGAAGCCCAACGCCAGCCCAUUAUUGCCGCUUAAUUAAGGGGAUCUUAGUUUUUGUCCAAAAGCUGAAGCUGCAUCUGUGCUGUAAGGCAUGUUUUGUCUAGUUUGUAAACUGAUUGCAUCAUCAUCAUCAUCAUCAUCAUCAUCAUCAUGUUUAAUAGUUUCCUUAAUUAUUGUAUCUAGACUUGAUAGUACUAGAACGUCCCUUUUAUGUUCUUGUUUCCAUCGUCUAUUAUAUUAUUUUCAUGUUAAUUAAAUAUGAGUCAUAUACCCUGGACUAAGUCUAUCACCUCAUAUUGAACUAUUUGAGUAUAUCUCUCGAAUAAAUAAAUAAAUUGUCUUUAAUGUGUUUUUAGCCAUUUACACAGAUACAAAUCCACUAAUGAACUAAUUAAUUAAUGUUACGAAUUCCAAGUCUUUACAUUUAUCAUUGGUGCAUUUACACGCAUUUAGACUAAUUUUGGUCAUUGAAAUAUUGCACGUUUGCACCUUAUCAUGCUGAAUAAGAGAGAAUAAUAUGAAGUGGGCUCAUUCAGUUCUUUUGAUGAAUUGAAUGGCCAAAAUUAGUCUAAAUGCGUGUAAAUACACGGAUGGUGAAUGUAAAGACUUGAGAUCCAUUUAUCAUUAAAUUUGACAAACUGGCAAAUUAUUAGGAUAUUAAAUUAUUAAUGGAUUGGAUGUUAGGAUAUUAAAUUAACGGAUUGGAUGGCCAUGUUUUCAUUCCAUGGCAAAUUGGUUUUUGCCUUUUUGUCAUCUACAAGUUUUCGGAGUGUGAAAACCGACCAUUCGAUGCGCUUCAACUUUUGUGACUACAAAUAAUCAAAUAUACUUUCACUUUCGUUGUUGCUUUCUAUAUACACUGUUAAGAUGACUAAUAUCACCGACACUUCGGACUCUCUCGAUCUCUUCUCUUUCCCUGUAGGGUAGUGUACUGUACGUAGGGGCCCCUAUCCAAUGUUGAUCGAUGAAAUUGGUUGGCGUCACCAUGCCAAUUCAAUCAAUUAUGAAGGGAAAAACCUAGAACUAGAUGGGGCAAAUCAUGAGUAGGAAUGUCCGACCACAACAAUCUCUCACAAGAAAAAGACUCCCUGCAUUGGAGGUGGAAUCAGCGUGGAGCUGGGCGGUAACCCGGUACAAGGGAUCUCCGUUAUUGUGAGACGAUGACAAGAUGCGAGCG